CGGCUGUGGCUCCCGGCUGCCGAGGAGUCGGCGACGUCGCUGAGGCGCCGGGGCCUGGGCGGCCGCCUCCUCCCCGCUAGCUGACCGGGCCCGGGGCGCCCCGCGCAGUUGACUGAUUGCUUCAAUUAAGACCCAGUGUGCCUGCUAAGCUGUGCCCAGGUUCAGAGCCAUGCCAGUCUGUGGGUGAAGCUUAAGGUAGUAAUGGAGCCACUGCAUCAGCAGCAGAAGCCACAGAAGCUGCCACACUCGGCUCCUUUGCAGAUGGAUGCCAGAGAGAAGCAGGGAACACAGAUGAGAGAGGCCCCAUUCCUGUAUGCCCAAAAGCUAGCCACACAGCCACCUGUCCUUUCUGCCAUGCCUGGAAGACCUCCUGGCAGUCCUGCCCUGGGUCCUUUAGCCAGAGUUCCACCAGUCACACCAGUGGCCCGAGGUUUUGAACAGAGCAGUGUGAACUCAGAGCCUGAGGAAGAAGAAGGUGGCUUGGAGGAUGAGGAUGGGGAUGAUGAUGUGGCAGAGACGGCUGAAAAAGAGGCCCAGGCUGCUGCCAAGUAUUUCCACGUGCAGAAAGCAACUCGCCAAGAUCCCCGAGCACCCCCUGUGCUCAGUCUGCUUCCAGCGCCAGGGCUCCAACACCGGUACCCCCAAGCUAAAGAAGACCCUACCAAAGAUGCGUCCACGGCACCACCUUCCAUCUCCACAGGUGGGCAGCCACGCUGGAGCCUGGAUGAGCAGCUUAAGCAGAAUGGUGGUUUGGCCUGGAGUGAUGAUGCUGACGGAGGCCGGGGAAGAGAGAUCUCACGAGAUUUUGCCAAGCUAUAUGAACUGGACAGUGAUCCUGAAAGGAAAGAGUUCCUGGAUGACCUCUUCAUCUUCAUGCAGAAGAGGGGGACCCCCAUCAACCGGAUCCCCAUCAUGGCCAAGCAGAUCCUGGACCUGUACACACUCUAUAAGCUGGUAACAGAGAAGGGGGGCCUGGUGGAGGUCAUCAACAAGAAGAUCUGGAGGGAGAUCACCAAGGGCCUGAGCCUGCCCACCUCCAUCACCAGUGCCGCCUUUACCCUCAGGACCCAGUACAUGAAGUACCUGUAUGCCUACGAAUGUGAGAAGAAAGCCCUGAGCUCCCCAGCCGAGCUCCAGGCAGCCAUCGACGGCAACCGGCGGGAGGGCCGGCGGCCCAGCUAUAGCUCCUCCCUCUUUGGCUACUCCACCACCGCCACUGCUGCCCCCAGCACCCCUGCCCUUCUCUCACCACCCAAGAUCCGUUUCCCCCUCCUGGGGCUUGGCUCCAGCAGUGGCACCAGUGCCAGUAGCCCUCGGAUGUCCCCAGCCACCACUCUCAGGAAAGGCGACGGAGUCCCAGUGACCACAGUACCCGUGCCAAAUCGCCUGGCUGUGCCUGUGAGCAUGGCAGGACAGCAGGCUGGCACCCGCACUGCCACGCUGGAGCAGCUGCGGGAGCGGCUCGAGUCGGGGGAGCCCGCUGAGAAGAAGGCAUCCAGGCUGUCGGAAGAGGAGCAGCGGCUGGUCCAGCAGGCCUUCCAGCGCAACUUCCUAAGCAUGGCCAGGCAGCUCCCCAUGAAAGUCAGGAUCAACGGCAGGGAAGACAGAGCUGAGGCCUCAGCUGCAGCACUCAACCUGACCACAAGCAGCAUCGGGAGCAUUAACAUGUCCGUGGACAUCGAUGGUACCACCUAUGCAGGUGUGCUGUUUGCCCAGAAACCUGUGGUGCACCUCAUCGCAGGCUCUGCUCCCCAGAGCCUGGGCAGCGGCGCCAGCAGCAGCAGCAGCUCCCACUGCUCUCCAAGCCCUACCUCAUCCAGGGGCACCCCCAGCGCAGAGCCCUCCACCAGCUGGUCCCUCUGACGGGCAGCACCCAGCACCAACUCCUCUUCUGCCUAGAGUGGAGGAAGCUGAUGCACAGAAUUUACCUCAUCUCAUGGAGCCACAUGAGAGUCUGGAUUUCUCCAGGCUCCAUUCAGGUCCUGCUGUACUCUGGGGGCAGGGAGGGGCUGAAGGGGCGGGGCAGAGCAGCGUUGUCCAAUCAGGGAUCACCCUGGGGACUGGGCGGGGUCUGGGUGUCCAGCUUCCAAGAGGGUUCCCUGGCCACCUCCCACCCCAGGGCAGUGUAUUGACAAUCUGUAAGCUGACGCAGGGCUGGACGCCCUCUCAUUUCCCUUCCUCCUUAAUUUAUUUCCCUCUUCCACCUCCUGUCCUGACCCCACGCCACUUCCUGACCCCACGCCCAUUGGUCUCUGCCUCUGCCCAGUCCCACAACUCAAAAUACCAUGUGGGGCUGCCAAGAGCCAGGCACCUGCCUUCAUGGCUUGUCUGCUGAGUGUGGGAUGGUGCCCUCCCAGCCCUUCUCGCCUACUGUUUGAUUUCUGGGGUGUGGGUCCCUCCUAGCCAAGUCUUGAAUCAGCACUCGCGGGCAGGUUCCAGUUCAGGGUCCUGUUCUGACUCCCCCACACCUCAGGUCCCCCCUUCACCCUUGUUAGCCAGCUCUCCCCAGAAAGCUGCUUCUCCCUGGCCCCACCUCCCGGGGCUUUCCCGCCCCCAGCCCCGCCGAAGUCAGGCUCACUGAAAUACCUCAGAUUUGUAAUUGCUGAUGCAUGAUCCUUCAGGAAGUAUUUGCAUCUCUGAAAACCUUUUUUAUAAGUGUUUUUGCUGACUUUUGUUUUUUUUUUAUUUUUUAAAUUGUUAUUAUUGCUGUUGUAGCACCAAAGAAUUAAGAGCAGCUCGCCCCCCUGGGUGGGGUUGACAGCCAGCCUGCCACGCCCCGGCCAGCGGGCCGGGCCACUCAGGGAUCGAUGUGGUGGGAGGGAUUAUGGAGAGGCCCCAGCUUGCUGGUGGCUCCUGCCACCCCUAACCCCACUGCUAGGGUGGGCAGGUAGCUCCCCUCCCCGGCACUCCCACCUCAGGACACUGGAGGGCCUGCACCUGCCAGAGACCACACUGCCCAGGAUGAAAUGUUGGCCCAACUCGCCUGUGUGGCCAAGAAAUGGUGAUGCUUAACCAGACUCAGCCUACACCAUUCUGUAGACCACCCCGUACUGUGACUCCUGGUUGCAGUGGCCGAAACCCUGGCCCGCCCCAUUUAGUUCCAGGUGGGACAAGAAAGGGAAAGGGAAAACUUGUGCACAGACAUACCUCAGCUCUGGGAGCAGCAUAUCUGCCAGCUGCCUCCUCCUUCCUCCCUGCUCCAUCUCUGCCAGGGCAGCUGCUGGCUGCUGCCUCCAUCUCUGCCAGGGCAUGAAAGUACACACACGCGCACACACACACACACGCGCGCACGCGCGCGCGCACACACACACACACACACACAGCCCAUUACCUUUUGGGGCCUGGAAGCCUUACGUACCAGGCGUGGGCAGGCAAGGGCAGGGAAGUUGCAAGGAGCACAGGACACAGCCCCAGGCCUGCCCGAGUCUCAGCCAUUCCCCCAGUGUCUUUCUCAGGAGAUGUCAGGAAGGAUGGUCUCUUCCCACCCGGAGGACACGGGAUGGUAUACUGAGUGCUCAUCUAACCCGCCUCCUUUCCCUGGGCCGCUUGCCCACCUCUCCCUUGCCCACCUUGCCCUUUGCUGCUCUCCAGGCCAGCAGGAGUUCAUCCAACCCUGGCUUUCCCAAAGUUCUCCCCUGGAGGCCAGGAGGUGGGUAGCCAUGCAGGGCAGCGGGGUCCUUUCUCCCUUCCCAUCUUGUUCGUAUUCUAACCAGGAAAAAUGUGAUAGCACAUGGUAGCCUAGGCCGAGAAUAAAUAAAUACCUCAGACAUCCCCUUGCAGCAAGUGUCUGUAUAUGUUGUGAUUUUCUAUCUUACAUGUUCUCGAAUGUUUAUAUUCCAAUAAACCUCUACCUCUUCACAUGA